AUGCGUGACUGGAAGAGGCAGGGCUUCAAACCCACCUGCUUCUCAACCCUGAGUUAUCUUCUCAGUCGUCACGCCCACCACGUAGUAAUGGUGCGAAAGGCCGCUGACCUUGACUUUCAUAGGACGCCACGAUUGGAUCUUACAAGGAAUCCAACACAGGAGGAGAAGCCAAUGAGGGUUGAAGAGGAUGAGGUGGUGAAGACAAGAGCAAAGUCACCACAACUACACCAACCACCACGCAGUGCCCUUCACAGACAAUACAUGGAAUGGAUGAGAGCGAUGCUGGAAGUGGCAGAAGAUGGUUAUGGUGAGGAAGGAGGAAGAGAGCAGAAAUUCUAG